AUGAGCACCUUUUAUCAACCAUUAUAUAAUAGGGCUACAAAAUUUAAAUGGGAUUUAUAUAUUUAUAGAAAUGUUCAUAUUUGUGACAACUUGAGGUAUGAAGCAUUUUUUUUAAAGGGAUGGAAGAAUUUACAUGUAAGAAACAUACAUAAUGUUGUUUGUGGUAGGAAAAAAAAAAAUAUAUACAUAAAUGUAAAGGCUUAUCAAAAUAGUCAUAUUCCUAAGAAUACAAUAUCACGUAAUAACAUCAAUAUCAAUGAAGAUGAAGAAAAAAAAAAAAUAAUACUUGCAAACAAAAAUGUGAAUGGAAAUACGCUUCUUAAAUAUAUAGAAAAUGAUAAAAGAUUAUUACUAUAUGGGUUGUGUAAAAUUUUUCAAAAAAAAAAAAACGAACAAAUAAAAUGUAGCAACCUUUUUAAUAAUUUACAACAAAAUAUUAUGGAAGCAAUAAUUGGAAAAGAAAGUAAAUUGUCUUUUCCUGAAAAAUUAGUUUAUUUAAGUUGUGUAAAUAAUAAAGAAUAUGCUGAAAAAAUAAAUUUAAUAAAAGAUAAUAACCAUAAAUAUAUAAAAUGUAUAAAUGAUAAAAAUUUAUACAACUAUUUUUGUACAAUAUUAAAACAAAAAAAAAAUAAUAACUUAUCGAAUGAAGAAAUUAUAGAAGAUAUACAAUCAUUUUUAAGAAAAAAAAUAAAUAAUAAUAUUUUAAAUAGUAUAUCAAAUUAUCUUUUUAAUUUAUCCUAUUUAAACAGUAAGACUAUAAUAGAAACAAAUAGUUUAUAUUACUUUUCUUUAUAUAUUUUAAAAUAUAUAAAAAAUAAAAUAAAAAAAAGAAUGUCUAUAAUUCAAUUAGCUAGCUACACUGAAUUAUUAACAUCCAUAAUGUGUACUAAUAAAUUAAAAAUGAAAAAAGAAAAAAUGGAUUUAUCAUAUCAACCAAAUAUAGAAUCUUUCAACACAUUAAUGAUGUUAAAUAAAAAUGAAUAUUCAUUUGAAACUUCUAAUUUUUCAAAAACAUGUCGUAAUUAUAUAGACACAACUGAAACUUGUGAUAUAACAACUUCUUCAUAUAAUUUAACGAAAACAUAUUUAUUAUAUAUUGAUAAAGAUUUUAUUCAUUAUUUUAAUGCAUACAAUUUUGUUCGGGAACAAGAAUAUGAUAAAAAACAAAACGAAAAUAGCCAAAUUAACAAUUAUAAAACAAAAGAAUGUGUAGAAAAAAUAGACUCAUUAAAUUGUCAAGAAAAUGAAAUCGAAGAAAAUAAUCAAUGCGAUAAAAAACAGUUACAAGAUAUGAGUUUCGAAAUAAAAUACAUGAUAUAUAUUAUGAACCAUAUGAUAAUAUGUGCAUUAAAAAAAUGCUUACACAAUUUUAAGAAAGGAAUAAAAAAUAAAAAUUUCAAAGAUUAUAUUCAAAAUAUUUUAUAUGUACUAACUAAUUAUAUGUUUAAUUCUUUACAAUAUAACAUUUUUUGUAUAUCUCUUUUUCAAGCAUUUGAAGAUGUUUUAUUACAAUCUUAUAAUAAUUUUAUAGACAAUAUUAAAAACGAGAAUCGUUAUAUAAGUCGGAAUAAAAAUAAAGAUUUAGAUAAAAUGGCUGGAAACUGUUUUGAUUUAGUGCCUAUAACAACCAAAGUUUAUUUGAUACAUUUAUAUUCUCUAAAUUAUAAUAUAAAUAAUAUGAAUAAAUGUGAAAAUUCAAUUAUAUUUAAAAAUUUUUUAAAUGAAUUAUUUAUUGAUGAUUGUAAGUCAUUAAGGAAACGAGAAAAAGUAUUAUUAUAUAUAAGUAUUUCAAAAAUAUUUUUUUUAUCUAAAAAAAAAUAUAUAGAAAAAUUAAACAACAUAUUAUCUAAUGAACUAAUAAAUUUUACUUAUAGAGAUUUAUAUAUCAUAGUAUAUGCCUUGAGUUGUUCUAAAUAUAAUGAUCCACCUUUUAUUGAAACAUUGCUAAGAAAUAUUUAUAAAUUAAAACAUAAAUAUUCAAAUAACAAGCUACUAACAAUUAUUUCAAUUUUCCACUCAUUUAAUGUGAAUACCUCUAUUUUUAAUAUGUUGCUCUCUUAUUACAACCGAAACGAGUCUGUUUCUCAUAAAGAAGAGGAAGUAGCUUCUGAGGAUAAUUCUACAAAAUGUAUACGAAAACUAGAAGAAGAUUUGGAGAAUAAGGAACGAAUUUUAAUGGAAUUAUCAGCUCAUAUUAAACAGGACAAUAAUGAUAAUUUUACCUUUACAGAGUCAGAUAUGCUUGAAUUUAAUUCGAGUAACAAUAUGAAAGCAAAUGGAGAAUCGGAUAAAGAGAUCCAAGGAGAGUAUGCUAAGUUACAUUCCCAUUCAAAAAAAAAAAGAAAAUACAAGUCCUCAUAA